GGGGGCGGAGCUUCGCAGUGCCGGGGCUGAGAGACAAGGUUGACUAUGUUCAAGUUCGGGUUGACCGUUGUCCGGCAUGGAGAAACAAGAUACAAUAAAGAGAAGAUACUACAAGGGCAGGGCAUAGAUGAACCUCUCUCUCAGACGGGCUUCCAACAAGCCAAUGCUGCUGGUGUCUUUCUCAGCAAUGUCAGAUUUACUCACGUGUUCUCGAGUGACUUGCUUCGGGCUAAGCAGACGGCAGCCUCAAUUCUCAGAAAGAGUCAGUUUAGCAAAGAGAUUGCUGUAAAAUAUGACUCAAGACUCCGAGAGCGGAAGUACGGAGUGGCAGAAGGGAGGCCGUUGAGUGACCUCAGGACUAUGGCAAAAGCUGCUGGGGAGCAGUGUCCGUCCUUUACACCUCCUGGAGGAGAAACCCUAGAAGAAGUAAAGGCACGCAGUGAGGACUUUUUUGCAGAUCUUUGUAGUCUUAUUGUCAGGGAAGCAUAUCAGGAAAAAGGCACCGAAAGGAGAGCUGGAAAUUACACAGAAGGAGCAGGAGGAAGUUCUAGUACCUUCCUGACAAACCACCAUGGGAGCACGGAAUUUCAUUCCAGUUCCAUGGGAGCUACUGAAGAGCUGGUCGCCAACAUACUGGUUGUGAGUCACGGGGCCUACAUGAGGAACUGGCUGAGCUAUUUUGUUUUGGACCUAAAAUGUAUUUUGCCAGCCUCUUUGACAAAGGCUGAGCUCUCUUCUGUGAGUCCCAAUACUGGAAUUAGUAAGUUCAUUGUAAAACUUGAGAACAGAGAUAAUAUUAAGCCUAAAAUCCAGUGCAUUUGUCUGAACAGAGAUGAUCAUUUAGGUGAUAUGGCAGCUGAAAAUAUUUAGCUCUGAAACAGUUAAAAAUACAACAUGUAUUUAUGCAGUGAGUACAAGCAUCUUUUCUUUUACAUUAUUUGAGUUGUAUGGGCUGUAUGAAAAGGGAAAAUAAACAGAAUAAAUUCAUAUUCUGUUGCAACAGUUAGCUCUUUAGCAACUGAUUUUAGGCUGUCCAUACAAUAUUUGCAAAAGUAGUUGCUCAUCAUUUACUCCCGUGCAUGACUGAAAUUGCCUGGGCUUUUUCAUCAGUACUGCAGUAUUAAGCACAGGUCAUAUAUGUGGUGCCCAUGUGUCUUGUAAGUUUCUGUGUCUUAGCACUUUAUUAAAUAAAUGUAAAAGUCUCCCCUUCAACAAGGAAAGAGGAAUCAGCCAUCUCAGGCAGUGGGUUUGGAGCGUCUUUUAAAGGUAGCCGUGGAAGCCAGAUCUGGCCUCCUGAGCACGUGCCACUGGGGUGUUCAUUUCGAUGGGGCUUGCACAGGAGAAUUUAGGGACUGCAGGUGGGAUUUGGGGUGCCAAACAGUUUUUUUCGUUUCUGUGGUUAUGUGGAUAUAUCCCCCCCUUCCUCUGCAGCCAGUUGCCUCCUUCUAAAUCUGGCUUUUGGUCUUUAUAUGCAACAGAGAGAGCAUGAACAAAGCAGGAAGUUGAGCCACUUUUCCCAUUCAGCCCUCCUCCUUAUAACAUGAACACUUCUUUUUAAAAAUAGCUGAAUGAGGACAUCUGCAAAUCUUGGCAGCUUGUCUCUCUGUUGUGACUCUCAGUUUCUCACCCUUGGGGUACUCCUGAGCGUGCACAGUAGGGCUUUUUUUCUGGGGGAACGCGCUG